AGAAGCUCCUCGCAGCAGCACGUUUGGAUCUCGAAACGUGCCGAAGGAACACAGGGAGAUUCCACAGAGCCUUCCCUCCCUCUCAGGACAAAGCAACUGCCUCCUUUGGAAACUGAGCAUCCCUGAACAGCCAUCAAAGGUGACAGUCCAGGUGCUGGAACAUGUCCAUGACUGAGCUUUGGUUCAACAACAGAGACACAAGCAGCAGCUGAAGCAUCUGGUGAAGCUCCUGACAGGGACGGAUUCCCAAAGGCUGGGAGGCACAAAAAUGAAAUGGGAGACUGCUCUCUGGAUGGUUGCCUGCUCACUGCUUGCCUCUCUGCCCAGAGGGCAGCUGGACACCACGUGCCACGCAUUUGUUGGAGAAACUGUGGUUCUGCCUUGCACCAUCACCCUUCCUGGGGAGCUGACUCUUUCCAAGUCAAUGCUCUACUGGCAGAUUGGCACCAAGCUGGUGCACUUCUUUCAGAACGGGCAGGAUUCACUGAAGGGCCAGGAUGAAAAGUUCCACGGCAGAACCAGUCUUUUUCUGGACCAGAUGAAGCAUGGCAACCUUUCCUUAAAGAUCUCCAAUGUCCAGUUAUGGGACGAUGCUGAAUACUCCUGCAUCUACAGACAAACUGAGAGCUAUCAAACAAAGAAAUCUACAAUUAAACUCAAUGUAUCAGCUCUACCUAAGAUUGAGGACCCACCUUCCCCUUCUGAGCAGAAUCAGAUUCCCUCCGGAAGCCCCGUGGAUGUGCCAUGUCUGGCUGUGCUUCCCCUCUCUUUCCUCCUCCUGGUCCCCCUGGGGCUUUGGCACUUGUAACAGGGGAAGGCAACCUUGUCUUUGGGAAUUUCUCCUCACCAGAGGACUU